AUGGAGGGUUUGGUGGUGGAUCCUUCGGAGGUCAAGGGGGAGGAUUCGGGGGAGGGUCCUUUGGAAGAAGUUCCUCCGGAGGAUACGGCUCUAGAGGUUUCUCCAACGGUGGUCAAGGAGGUUCCUUCGGAGGUCAUGGAGGAUCCUUUGGAAAUGGAUCCUUUGGAGGAGGGUCGUUCGGAGGAGGAUUUGGAGGAAGGUCCUUUGGAGGAGGUUCAUCUGGAGGAUACGGCUCUAGAGGUUUCUCCGGUGGUAGUCACGGAAGUUCCUUCGGAGGUCAUGGAGGAGGAUUUGGAGGAGGGUCCCUCGGAGGAGGAUUUGGGGGAAGGUCCUUUGGAGGAGGUUCCUCAGGAGGUUAUGGCUCAAGAGGUGGAUUCUCUAGUGGCGGGCAAUUUGGAGGAGGCUUCUCCGGCGGUCAUGGAGGCGGAUCCUUUGGAGGGAGGAGCUCAUUCUCCAGUGGUGGUGUAUAUGGAAAAUAAAAAGUUACUCCUCGUCUGCAUUGGGGCUGUCCUCUUGGCUGUCUGCCAGGCAGGGGGAGGAGGGGGUGGAUUCGGUGGCGGACAUGGAGGAGGAUUCUCUGGUGGUCAAGGAGGUGGGUCAUUAGGCCACGGUUCCUUUGGAGGUCAGGGAGGAGGAUUUGGAGGAAGGUCCUUUGGAGGGGGUUCCUCUGGAGGAUACGGCUCUAGAGGUUUCUCCAGUGGUGGUCGCGGAGGUUCCUUCGGAGGUCAUGGAGGAUCCUUUGGAGGAGGGUCCUUCGGAGGAGGAUUUGGAGGAAGAUCCUUUGGAGGAGGUUCCUCUGGAGGAUACGGCUCUGGAGGUUUCUCCAGUGGUAGUCAAGGAGGUUCCUUCGGAGGCCAUGGAGGAUCCUUUGGAGGAGGGUCCUUUGGAGGAAACUUCGGAGGAAGGUCCUUUGGAGGAGGAUCAUCUGGUGGUUAUGGCUCAAGAGGUGGAUUCUCUAGUGGCGGACAAUUCGGAGGCUUUUCUGGCGGUCAUGGAGGUGGAUCCUUUGGAGGAAGGAGUUCAUUCUCUAGUGGUGGUGGAUAUGGAAAAUAGAGUUGUAUUCACUGAAUGACUGAAAGCACUCUGCUAUUAAUUUCUCAAAAUUAUUUCAGUGAAGACUUGUCAGA